GGCCAUGGGCGCCGCGCCGGGGGCUCCAGCCCGCGGGCUCGCCGGCUGCCUGCUGCUGCUCGCCGCGCUGCUCCAGGGCCAGGCUCGAGACUUUGCCUCGGAGGAGCCGAACUUGGUGGGCCGGAAGGCAGCGGGGAGCUCUGAGGCUGAGGGGGACCAGACAGUGCCCCCCACUCCGGACGAGCUGGAGGGCAAGGUCCACUUUGUCACCACAGCCCCCACGCUGACGCUACUCAACCAUCACCCUCUGCUGGAGGAGUUCCUGCACGAGGCCCUGGCGAAGAAGGACUAUCUGAGGCAGGUGCCCUUCCUCACGUGGAGCCUGGGGGGGCCAGGCCCAGUCCUGCCCAACGUUCCAGGGCGGAUCACCCAGACCCCCAGAGCCAACCUGCCAGACCAAGAUGACCUCCCGGUGUUUUCUGACCUGACCACAUCCCUCACGGUGCCAGCCACGCCCCCCGUGACCAUGACCAGCACCACGGCCCUGGUGGGAGACAAGACCGAGGCCAGAGACACAGAGAGGACCCCAGAAAUGGUCAAGCCAGCAUUCACUGCUGACUUGCUGACCACGGCUGCAGGCCGUGUGGCACCAUGGGCAGAGCCCCGGCCAGCCGGCCCAGAGACCAACUCCACCUCUGUCCCCACGGAGCCUCCCAUUACCCACGCGCCUGCCAUCUCCCAAGCCACCCUGCCCAACCCGGGUCAAGCCACCACCGCCAUGGUGACCAGCAACACCCCGACUGCCAUCACCCCCACAGCCCGGUUUGUCUCACCACGGACACCCGGCCCAGCGCUGACAAGGGCUAAGGAGCCCAGGCCAGAGGCUGCCACCACAGCCACAGUUUCUGGGGAUGAUGAGGAAACCACCACAACUACCAUCAUCACCACGACCACCAUCACCACGGUGCAGGUGCCAGCUCCGUGCAGCUGGAACCUUACUGGCCCCGAGGGCUCCCUGGAGUCUCCGGAGCCGGUCAGUUCACCCUACGACAGCCUGGACUGCACCUACACCAUCUCUGGGUACCCCGGCUAUGGCGUGGAGAUCAAGGUUCUGAACAUCAGCCUGUCGGAAGGGGAGACGGUGGCCAUGGAGACCUUCGGGGGCGCAGAGCCUGUCGUCCUGGCCAACGAGUCCUUCCUCAUGAGGGGCCAAGUGAUCCGCAGCCCGACCAACCGGGUCAGCGUGCAGUUCCGAAGCCCCCAGCCUGCCAGCCCCGGCACCUUCCGCUUCCGUUUCCAAGCCUAUCUGCUGAGCUGCAACUUCCCCUCCCGACCAGCCUACGGCGACGUCUCCGUCACCAGCCUGCACCCUGGGGGCAGCGCCCACUUCUACUGCGCCACAGGGUACCAGCUGCAGGGCCUGCCUGCGCUCACCUGCCUCAAUGCCACCCGGCCCUUCUGGAGCGGCCGGGAGCCCGUCUGUGUGGCGGCCUGCGGGGGAGUGAUCCGAAAUGCCACCAUCGGACGCAUCAUCUCACCUGGCUUCCCGGGCAACUACAGCAACAACCUGACUUGCCACUGGCUGCUGGAGGCCCCUGAGGGCCAGCGCUUGCACCUGCACUUCGAGAAGGUCUCGCUGGCUGAGGAUGACGACAGGCUCAUCAUCCGGAACGGGAAGGACAUUGAGGCACCGCCGGUGUACGACUCAUACGAGGUGGAGUACCUGCCCAUCGAGGGUCUGCUCAGCACCGCCCGCCACUUCUUCCUCGAGCUCACCACUGACAGCAGUGGCGCCUCCACCGGCGUGGCGCUUCGCUACGAAGCCUUCGAGCGGGGGCACUGCUACAAGCCCUUCGUCAAGUACGGGAACUUCACCACCAGCGACGCCACCUAUGCCGUGGGCACCACCGUGGAGUUCAGCUGUGACCCUGGCUACACCCUGGAGCAGGGCUCCAUCAUCAUUGAGUGCGUGGACCCUAGCGACCCCCAGUGGAACGAGACGGAGCCAGCAUGCCGAGCCGUGUGCAGCGGGGAGAUCACAGACUCGGCGGGCGUGGUGCUGUCCCCCAACUGGCCGGAGGCCUAUGGCAAGGGCCAGGACUGCAUCUGGGGCCUGCACGUGGAGGAGGACAAGCGCAUCAUGCUGGACGUCCAAGUGCUGCACAUCGGGAAGGGCGACGUCCUCACGUUCUACGACGGGGAUGACCUGACAGCCCGGAUCCUGGGCCAGUACACGGGCGCCCACCGCCACUUCAAGCUCUACACAGCCAUGGCCGACGUCACCAUCCAGUUCCAGUCGGACCCCGGCAGCGCUGUCUUCGGCUACCAGCAGGGCUUCGUCAUCCACUUCUUCGAGGUUCCACGCAAUGACACAUGCCCCGAGCUGCCCGAGAUCCCCAACGGCUGGAAGACCACGUCCCACCCCGAGCUGAUCCACGGCACCAUGGUGAACUACCACUGCUACCCUGGCUUCGAGCUCGUGGGCACGGACCUACUGAUGUGCCACUGGGACCUGACCUGGAGCGGGGACCUGCCCACCUGUGAGAGAGUGACCUCCUGCAAGGACCCCGGGGACGUGGACCACAGCCGCAGGAUCAUCUCCAGCUCCAAGUUCCCCGUGGGCUCCACCGUGCAGUUCGUCUGCGACAAGGGCUACGUCCUGACGGGGGGCAGCCUGCUGACCUGCCGGGACCGACAGGCCGGGGGCCCCAAGUGGAGCGACCGCCUCCCCAAGUGCACCCCAGAAGUAUAUGAGCCUUGCCACAACCCAGGCGCCCCAGAGCAUGGCAUCCAGACCCCGGAGAAGAGGCUGUACCAGGCGGGGGCCACCCUGCGCUUCUCAUGUGCCACAGGCUAUGUGCUACUGGGGGAGGGGAGCCUCCGCUGUGUGCCCGGCCACCCCUCGCAGUGGAACAGCUCUCCUCCCAUCUGCAAGGCCGCCACUUACGAUGAAUUUUACAGCAACCGCAACCUGGACGUCGCAAAGGUCUCACCCUCGGGGAACCCGCAGGAGGGCCCCAACAUCGCCAUUGCCAUCUUCCUGCCAGUGCUGGUCGUGGCGCUGCUCAUUGGAGGCAUUUACCUCUACUUCUCCAAGCUCCAGGGGAAACCGUCCCUGCAACUGCCCCUGUCUGGUUCUCACCCCUACGAUCACAUCACUGUGGAAUCAGCCUUUGACAACACCGCCUACGAGACAGGAUCUGUUUCCUUUCCAGGACACGAGGGAAUAUGAGGUUUCCAUCUAGGCCGAGCUGAGCUGAGCCGGGAGGAGGGGCCGCCCCAGCAGCACUGUCCUCGGCCCCCCUGGACACCCCGCCGGCGUCUUGCAGGAAGGGACCGUAAAUGUCCCCAAGAGACUCUGCCCAAGCGCUUUCCAGGAGGAGGCAGCGGCCCAGCUCCCCUCCCUGGCGUGGCCCCUUCCUGCCGGUGCUGCCCCGCCCCGCCCCAGCCACCAGCCCAGUAGGGUCCGUGCACAGAGAAAUGGGGAGGCUCUGGGCUCCAUGUGGGUAUGAUGGGCUCUGGACUCUCUGUCAUGCUGCAUGGAGCCGUGCCCAGGACCUGCCAGGCCAGGCCAGAGCCAGCCACAUGACCUCCUGCUCCUGCCCACAGUGGCCGGGAUAGCACUGCGCCUGGGGGGGCUGGGCUCUGCAGCCUCCCUCCCAUCGCCAGCCUGGCCCAGCCCAGAGAAGGGAAAGGGGCCAAGGAGAUGCUUUAUUCCCACGAGUCUGUUCAGCCCCUUGUGUCCCAGGCACUGAGCUGUAGCUCAUGGGGUCUGAACUGGGCCCCAUGUACUCCAGGUGUGAGGAGCCCACUCUCGAGUUGGCUCCAGGGCCUCAGCUUCGCUCUCAGCCAGGAGGGUUCUCGCCCUCAUGCUUGUGGAAAAUCUGACCCAAGUGUCAGGGCCGCAGCAUCGCCUGCCUGAGUGUGCAGCCAGCCUGAGCCAGCUGCGUGCAGAGCUGUCCGCUGCCCCAUGGGCUCUGCCAAUCUGCAGCCGUGGACUCCGCCGUGGCCCAGGACAGCCCAGUGUCAGCGUGCAUGCCGUGGAAUUGGACGUUUUGCAGUCACUGUCUCCUGCUCCUCAGACGGGGAUUGACUGGAUUCCAGCACCUGCUCCCCAGACCGCUUCCUGGAGCCAGAGCCGAACCCUGCCUGCCAGCCAGGAUAACAGUGCAGCAGCCUGGGUCUGGGGAGCCGGGGAGAUGAGCUGCUGAAGCCAAAUGCAAGUUUGCCGUCCUCUGGCACAUACUGGAUGGUGCAGGAGAAGGAGGCUCUGAGCCUGGCGCAUGGGAGCAAAACACCCAGCCCUGGAACUACUCAGAGAUGUUGUACUGCAAUGAGUGUUUGCAGCUCCCCACCCUCCCUCUGUGUUUGUAGCAGGGGUAGCAGAAUGCAGGGUAUUUCGGUAGCUCGUGGUCGUAGGCUAGAGGAAUGCUGGCAUGGCACUGUGCCCCUGGGUACACGGAGCCCUGAAUAUCAAGCACUGUCUCGCUGUGUGAGACACCUAAGUCACCCGCCAGUAACACAGCCCUGCCCCUGCUGCCAGCCUCCAGGGCCAGUGCAAAAACCACAUUAACAUUAGAAUUCUGUAAAAUCAACCUGCCCCAAAUUCCAUGGAUUAAAAGCUGGUAGUAAUA